AUGUCUUCACAUCUAACAACAGAGGGACCGUGGACGGGUCAAUCGAAGUCUUAUACAACGAGUGGCCCAAGACGACCUUGGACAGGACAAUCGCGACCAACAACUGCUAGACCGCAAACAGCGGCCUCUGUUCGACAUGAAGGCUCUUAUGUUAUUGCCGUGCUCGAAGGCCGUGGCGUAUCACGAGAAGUAGGCAUCGCUGCUCUAGACCGCGAUACUGGGAAGGUUGUGCUAGUUCAGGUUGCCGACUGUCAAACUUAUGUUAAAUCAUUGCAUCAGAUGCACCUUCACACACCCUGCCUCAUUCUAAUCCCUGACACGUUCUUGUCUGCUUCUGACGCCGCUUUGGCGCCUUCUGGAAAACGUUCCGCCUCUACCUCCCUUCUGGUUGAGUACAUACAAGAAGAAUUUCCUGGCAUUCAGACAGAGCCCGUUGGGCGACGAUAUUGGAACGAUGCUGGAGGCUUAGAAUUCGUCCUUCAGCUUUGCGUCGAGGAUGACGAACGUGCAGGAACCGUCCUCGCGGUUUCAAACAAGUAUUAUGCACUUUCAGCUGCGUGUGCACUAUUCAAAUAUGCAGAAGCGCGACUGAACACUCGUUUCGCCGCUGGGUCUCUUCGUAUCAAAUACAUCCCAGUCGACGGGACAAUGAUGAUUGAUCCUGAUACUGCACGAAAUCUCGAACUCGUCGGGAACAUCACCCAUAAGAAGUCCUCACACUCGUUGUUUGGGGUCCUUAACCACACCUACACGCCUAUGGCGUCCAGAUUAUUACGCGUCAACCUUCUUUCGCCUAUUACGAUUCAAAGCUCAAUCGAUGCCCGAUUGGAUGCAGUUGAAGAGCUGAUCAAUGCUGAAGAUCGAUUCACAUAUGUUCGAGAUGCUCUGAAAACUCUGAACAAGAUGGAUUUUGACAAGCUUAUCGUCGCUCUGGCAUCCUCUGAGGCUCGACCAACAACCUCGGCAAAACCUGCUUCUCAGCGUGUGCUACAGAUUCUCAACCUACGAAGUGUGGUCAAAAAUGUUCCAUUGCUCAGAAAAGCAUUAGAAGGAUGCCGUUCACAGCUGUUGCAGAUCAUACUCGAUAUGAUCUCCGAUGAAAGAAUAGACAAGAUCAACGACCUUGUGUCUGAGCGUUUGAAUGAAGAAAGUGCUGCAUCGAAGGGUGGUCUAGCAGCAGUCAAUGCCCGCGUCUACGCAGUGAGGGCCAACUGUAACCGCCUGCUCGAUGUUGCCCGUGAAACGUACAAAGAGAACGUUGGCGAUAUCUAUCACCUCAACCGCGUCUUGUCCGAAGAACACGAUUUGCCAUUGACGCUUGUUUACCAAGAGACAGGGUUUGUCUUUGCACUGAAGAAGAAGGAUCUCGCAGGAGAGCUACCUAAGGGUUUUGUGAAUGCAUCGAUGAAGAAGGGACGAUGGAUGUUUUCGAGCAUGGAAUUGAAAAAGAUGAACUCUCGCAUGAAGGACGCCUUAGAUGAGACGCUUCUCCUGAGCGACAAAAUCGUUCAAGACCUUGUAGCAGAGAUCGUCCAUGAUAUUGGCGCUCUGUAUAAGGCAUCCGAAGCGGUUGCACUGAUUGAUAUGCUCUGGUCAUUUGCCCAUGCAUCCAUUAUGCGAAAUUAUGUCCGUCCGGAGUUCACGGGCACGUUGGCGAUCAAGUCUGGUCGACAUCCGAUCUUGGAAACGGUUCAAGCAGUAGGAACACUCGUGCCGAAUGAUGUAUACUGUGAUGAUUCUGCGUCGUUCCAGAUCAUCCAAGGGCCUAACAUGUCGGGAAAAAGUACCUACCUUCGGCAAAUUGGCCUUCUAACCGUUAUGGCGAUGUCUGGCUGCUUUGUACCUGCCGAAUAUGCCAGUUUCAGGAUCCAUGAUGCCCUGCUAACGCGCUUGUCAAAUGAUGACGACUUUGAAAAGAGCUUAAGUACUUUCGCGAGUGAGAUGGCCACGUCUGCCAUGAUUCUCGGGCUCGCGUCUCCAAGGUCGUUAAUCCUGGUUGACGAGCUCGGGCGAGGGACCUCACCUAGAGAAGGAGUGGGGAUCUCUCACGCGAUUGCAGAAGGACUCAUUGCUCUUAAGUCCUUUGUGUUCUUCGCCACACAUUUCAACGAAAUCACGAAGACCCUUUCUCGGCAGCCUACGGUUAUCAACUUGCAUUUGUCUGUGCAGCGGACCCGCUCGACGGCAGCCAACUUUGGAAUGACGUUCCAAUAUAAAAUUCUUGACGGAACCUCCGAAAACUCCAGUCACUACGGCAUAGAACUUGCGCGGCUCGCUGACCUUCCCUUAGAUGUGCUGGCAGAAGGCAAGAGGGUGGCAGAAAAGCUAACCGCCUUACAGACUCGACACGAAGAAUCAAGCGAAAGUAACAAAAUUGCACUUCGCAGAAAGGCAUUACUUAGGCUCCGAACACAGCUGACUCAGGCAUAUGAGUAUUCGGCGUUGCCUGAUCAAGAUCUGUUGACGUACAUUGGGAGAUUCCAAGCUGACAUCGCCAAGGCAUUCGCGCCAAAUUGA